UAUUAUGCUGCUAUGAAAUAAAACAAAAUGUCUUAUACGUGUAAUUUAAUUUAUGUAGCAGCUUAAAAUUUCUUUAUUUAAAUUCAAUUAAAUAUUUUAUGAGUGUGAAUAUAACUGACAAUCGUCAAAUUCUUAAAUUUUUGAAUAAUAAAUAAAAUAAGGGUGGAAUAAAAACUACAAAAUGUGUAUUUGCUCUGUAGACUUUACUGAGUAAUGUAUGGCUAUCAGGGUACGUUAGCGCAAGAUUUAAUGUUAUGCGCGUUAGCGUAUUUCCACUAGUUCCUUGUCCAGUUCCAGACCAGUUCAAACAUAACAGAGUCGCUGACACAAAGCAAUGUCUUUAAAAUUUCUUUGAAUAAUUUAUGUUAGAAAAUUAUCGGCUUAUUAAUUUGAUUUUUUAAAAUAACGAAUAACGCCGUACUGAGGUUUAUUAGUGAUAAUUUUAUUACUAUUGCGCGACCCCAUGAAUCACUGGGUCAUCGAAAUCGGAUGAGAGGAUUUCGGCGCUAAUUAGUCAAUAGUGGAAUAAAUAAAAACAAAAAAUAUAGAUAAUUAUUGUAAAAUGAUUAGACGACAGACUGCAUCGGAAUUGCCAUAUCAGACAGUUCGUUAUCAGAUUCUGCAAGGAACUAUGGACGUUAAUACAAAAUGUAAAGACGAACUGGGGGAAGAGAUGACAGCUUUGCAACUUGCGAUAAAAAAACAAGACUGGAAAUUAAUCAACUACCUUUUACAAAAUAACGUUCUUGUCAAUACUUAUACAUCAAAAUGUGAACCUGCACUUUUUUUGGCUAUUAGAUCUGGUAAUAUCAGAUUAGUGGAGACUUUAAUUCAUCAUCGCGCUAAGAUAAAUAUCACGUAUAAUAAUAAUACUCCCCUACACUUGGCUGUUGAUCAAAAUAAUUACGCAAUUGCUGAAUUUCUUAUCAGACAAAGAGCCGAAGUAAAUGCUCUGACGAAAGAAAAUCAGAGCCCUCUGCAGAUCGCCAUUGAAAAAAAUUAUAAAAAUUUAGUGAAACUGCUGAUUGAAAACAACGCUGAUAUUAAUGUAGUCACGAAAAAUGAUGAAACGGCUCUAAUUUUUUCCAUAAAAAAUGAAUAUUUUGAUUUAUUCAAAAUACUAUUGGAUGCAGACGCUGAAGUAAAUUCGGUAAAUUUGCCACCGUUAUUCGUGGCAGUUGAAAAAAAACGCUACACAAUGACUAAACGUCUUAUCGAACAAGGAGCUGAUGUAAAUAGUAUUUACAACAAUCAAACACUAUUAAUAAUUGCCGUUGAAAAUGGAAAUAUGAAGAUCGUUGAAUUAUUAAUCAGAAAUAAAGCAGACAUUAAUAUUGAAGUAGCAGCCGCCAAGACAGCUCUUUCAGCAGCGAUUAUAAAAGGCAAUUUUGUCAUAUUUAAAAUGUUAGUUGACGCGAUCGCUGGUUUAAAUUCCCUCAAUUUAUUGCCACUACAUUUGGCUGUUUUACAAGAAAACUAUGAAUUCACGGAAUAUUUGAUCAGUUCCGGAGCGAAUGUCAAUUCUCUUGAUGGCAGACGACAAACACCAUUGCACAUUUCCGUAACGAAGAAAAAUAAAAAAAUAAUAAACUUAUUACUUAAGAACAAUGCUGACGUUAACGUCUUUGAUGAUGACAAUCUGUCACCGUUAAAGAUUGCUGUUAUUAACGGAAAUGAAGAAAUCGUGGAGUUGUUACUUGAUAAAGCUAAAAUUACUGUCAAAAAAAGUUUGAUACUACUUUUAAAAAUUGCUUGGAACAAUAGUACUUUUAAAAUUUUUGAAUUAUUAUUUGACGUUGGUCUUGAAAUAUAUCCGUUGGCUGCUGACGAACUCGUACCACCGCUGCAUAUGGCUGUUAUCAAAAAUAAUUUUGAAAUUUUUGACGAUUUGAUUAACGAUGGCGCUGACAUCAAUGGUUCAUUUUGGGAAAAAACGCCAUUAGAAAUCGCUGUUCGAAGAGGGUACAAAAAAAUGACAGAAUUACUUGUUAAAAAUGAAGCAAACGUUAAUUUAAAAAACGGAGACAAUAUUCUUAAAGUCGCUGUUGAAAAAGAUAACUUUGAAUUGGUGCGUAUAUUGGUUGAUGCCGGUGCCUAUGUUAAUUAUGGAUUACCAUUAAAUCAAGCGAUUAAAAACAAUAACUAUGAGAUUGUGAAAUAUCUUAUUGCUAAUGGCGCUAACGUCAUUUCCGCUAAUACCUUCAUUACUGGCGCACGGAGAAUAACACCAUUACGUAAACUCGUUAGAUUACUGUUUGAACAUAAAGCUGAUGUUAAUGACAGACCAUUUUCUCCUGAACCUGCAUGUCUAACAACAGCGAUAGAAAAUGAUAAUGUAGAAAUAUUCCAAUUACUUUUGGAUGCUGGUGCUAAUAUCCAUGAAUUUCAUUACGAAAAAUCUUUAAUAUUUAUGGCUGUUGAUAAAAAUAGUUAUGAAAUUACCAAACACUUAAUCAAUCACGGAGCUGAUGUUAAUACAUGUUUUGAUAAUAAAACACUAUUAUAUCGUGCUGUUGAGAAUGAGAACGAAAGAAUAGUCGAGUUAUUAAUUGCCAAUAAAGUCGAUGUUAAUAAAAUUGUUGAAGAGACAUAUUCAUUAAGAUCAUUUCCGACAGCUCUUUAUAAAGCUGUUGAAAUUGGUAACUUAAAUAUAGUAAAAAUAUUAGUCAACGCUUCUAACAUCGAUGUCGAUUUAUCUGAUUACUUUAAAGAUCGACCGUUACAUGAAGCGAUUCGUAAUAAAAACUACGAAAUAACUAAGUGCUUAUUAGAACAUGGAGCGAAGAUUAAUACUAAAGAUUAUAAUAAUACAUUAGAUUAUGCCAUUAAUAAUGGAAACAAAGAAAUAGUUCAACUACUUAUAGAUAAUAAGGUAAAGAUUGAUAACUUCUGGGGUUCACCUUGUGUUGCAGCUGUUGAAAAGAAUAACUUUGAAAUAUUAGAAAUAUUAAUCCAUACUAAUGAGGCCGGAGUUAAUCCAUUGGUAGGCGAGCCACCAUUACAUACAGCAGUUCGUAAAAACAACUACAAAAUGACCGAGUAUUUGAUUAAUAAGAGAGCGCGUGUCAAUACUUCUUAUGACAAUAAAAUACCAUUACAUAUUGCUGUUGGUUGUCAAAACAAAGAAAUAGUUAAAUUACUGAUCAAGAAUAAAGCAGACGUUAAUUACAUUAAUUAUUAUGGAGUAACAGCUCUCGGUAUUGCUGCCGAGAAUGAAAGUAUUGAAUUGUUGAAAAUAUUAUUAGCUGCUGGUGCUAACAUAAAUCCUUCCUCCAGCGUCCCACCAUUACAUAUUGCUGCUCGUUGUCGAAAGAUAGAAGCGGUGAAAUUACUGAUAAAAAAUAAAGCAAAUGUCAAUUUCAUUACUAAAGUUGGAGUAACAGCUCUCUGUAUUGCUGUUGAGAUUAAAAGUCUUGAAUUAGUCAAAAUAUUAUUGAACAAUGGUGCUGACAUCAAUUUAUCUUCUGUUGAAGAUUACUCGCCAUUGCAAUAUGCGAUCAUGAACGGCGACUAUCGAAUCGCUGUAUAUCUGAUAAAUCGCGGUGCAAAUAUAAAUGCUUUUUGCCGUCGUAGAGAAUGGGCUACAAAGCGUAAUAAUUGUUGCAAUUCAAUUACUAAUUAUAUCAGUGAUUCACAAUGUAGUUUAUUACAGUUAGCCAUUAGCUGUAAAAAAACUGCAAUGGUAAAACUAUUGAUUGAAAAGAAGGUUGACGUGAGGUUGGUUGAGAUGAAUAAUCCACUAUUUCUUUUCGACGUUAUUAAAUAUCAGAGUCAUAAAAUGUUGGAGCUGAUAUUGUCUACCCAAGUUAAUGUCAAUUGCAUUGAUACUCGCGAGCUUGGUUAUGAUGAAACUCUUCUGCAUGCUGCUGUGAAAUCGGAAUAUAUGAAUUUCGAGAAAGUGAAAUUAUUGCUAAUGAGCGAAAAUUUUACUCAUAUUAAUGCACUAUCAAAGAAUACAUCUGCCCUUGAUUAUGCUGUCAAUAGAGGUGAUAUGUCUAUUGUACAAGUUCUUCUUAAUGCAGGUGCUAAAAUUAAAGUUGAGAAGUAUGGCAGUAGGGGAGUUUCUUAUUAUAUCGACGACUCUAUCAGAAAAAUGAUUAUGGAACAUGUUGUUAAACUGAAAGCUGCUAAUUUACAUCUUGAUUAUGAUAACUUACACGAUCUAAGUGACGAAAAAUUUAAUAAUCUGUAUGCCAAGUGCCUAAAUGAAGUUGAACUGAUGAAAAGAACAAAAAUCGUGAAUACUAACUUAUCAUAUUACGAUGUGAUAUCUAAGAGCAAGCAUAAAACAGCUUUAGGAUUGAGCAAUACUAAUUUUCACGUCAGAUUUGACAGCGAAAUGUUAUCAUUACAAUUCCCAUUAUAUGGUGGAAUGAUCAUCUACCGCCUAGAUGAAGCACAAAGAAGACGACAACUAUUAGAAAAAUCUAAUAAAAUUCUUUCUCUUGUUUUUUAUGGUAACUUGCCAUUCGAUGUUAUAAGUCAAUUAAACUAUUAUUUAACAUCCAGAGAUUUAAGAAUUUUAUCUUCAUGUUGAUGAUAAUGAUAUUCAAUGAGCUUUCGACAAAAUAUGAAUGAUGUUUCUUAUGAUACUGGAACUAGCCGACGUCUAAUAAUUUUUGGAUCUUUUAAAACCAGAAAUCUAAAGAAAAAAAAUUAUUUCAGAAAAUAACACCUACCGCUUUUUUUAUUUUCUACAUGUGCAUAUUUUUAGUUUUUUUUAAUUGAAAAUGAAUCGAAAAUUGUUAAUUCUCUGCUAAUUUCAGGAUCAUUGUUUCUUCAUGAGUGUGAAUGUAGCAGACAUCAGACAAAUUUAAAACUAUAAAUAA